AUGAUCUCAUCAGAACCUGUGGUUGUUCACAGAGGCAAAAGGAGGUUGCUUUACACUGGAGGUGAAAACGCAAAGAGGACUCUGAAGAAAGAUCAGGAAAUCAUACGUACAUUUUUUAAAGUGUAUGGUCGUUUUCAAGCUCAUUUAGAGAAAGCAAUUAAUUCUGUGUAUGAAGAGGCUGUGAACAAUAUCGCUAAAUAUGUGACUACUCAGUGGCAGGAGAAUCAGUCGCCGGAUUUGAUCCCAACGGCUAUUUUUUAUUCCGGAAACGUUGAGGGUAUCAAUCUAGAAGAGAGGCUGAAUCGUAAAAUAGGUGUUGAAUCGAUUUAUGUUUCAUGUUCCCCAGUGCUGUAUAAGGUCAUCACUGCUUUGCGAGAGACUGCUGUAAAUUUUGCAUAG